AUGCGGAAGCGCAGCUAAAACCCGUGAGCGCAGUUCACUCUGUGUUCACUGGAAGUAAAUAUAAAUUCACUGCUGUUUAGUUGAAGUGGUAAAAGUUUAAUACUGUUAUACAUGUAAACGGAAAGAUUAUGCCAGUUAUUCACUCGCAGCACCUGACCAAACAGCUCACGAUUGUUUCGUUUAUAUAAGAUUCAUUGUGCCUGAUUUCCUGGUGUUGAAGAGGUUCUGCAUCUGACUGAGCACACCUGACUUAACAUCCUGACAGGCGUGCUAUGUUGGCAGCAGACUGUCCAGACAAGCCGACAAACACAAUGUCCUGAUGGAGACCAUCCGACCACGUCUGAAAUUUGGGAGCAAGGUCGAAGAAGUGAAACUGAGGAAAAGAAAAUCCCAACUGUACUCAAAGAAAGAUGAAUCUCCUCUGAACAAUGACUCAUCAACUGCUUCCUGGUCCAGACCAGCUUUGUCCCUGAUGAGUACUGGCAGUCUCUGGAGGUUUCCCAUCGUAUGGUCUUCAAUUAUGGGUAUCUCACCUGGGAAUGGAAGGCAGGAAUAAGAGGAUUCGCCUAUCCUCUGCUCUUUGCAUUCACAUACAAGAUACUGCAACUCAUAAACUGCGAUUCAGUUUCUCUUCUGAUAUGGCUGCCUCGAAUAAUUCAAGCGCUCCUUGCUGCGUUUGCAGAUGUAAAGUUCUUCUUCCUCAUACGAACGUUGGAAAGUCGUGACACUGCGACAUGGACAUUCUUCUGCUAUCUGUGCUCGUGGUUCUCGUGGUACUGCUGCACCAGGACUCUGACCAACAGCAUGGAGACCACCAUCACCUGUCUGGCUCUUUUCUACUUCCCCCUCCCGGGGUCCAAAACACACAGCAGUAUAAAAUAUUUGGCCCUGGUCGCCUUGGCUGUGAUUGUCCGACCAACAGCCCUGAUUGUUUGGAUUCCUUUGCUGAUGUACCAUUUUUGGCAGGAAGAUAACAAACUGAGACUCAUCACUCAUAAAGUCAUUCCAUUAGGAGCUGUGGCUGUCAUGAUUUCAACGGUGAUCGACUGUAUAUUCUAUGAAAAGUGGACCAUUGUCCAGUUCAACUUCCUGAAGUUUAACAUCUUCUACAGCGUGGCUGAUUUCUAUGGCUCUCACCCCUGGCACUGGUACUUCACUCAGGGGUUUGCCGUCGUGAUCGGUCCGCAUCUUCCUCUCUUUUUUCAUGGGUGUACCCUCGCCUUCAAGAGAUACAAAAUUCUGCUGGCAGCAGUGGUCUGGACACUCGUGGUCUACAGUUUGCUUCCUCACAAGGAGUUCAGGUUCAUCUAUCCAGUGCUGCCGCUCUGUAUGGUCUUCUGUGGGAUAUCCUUGGCUAAUCUGAAAGCGUGGCGACGAGCUGCUGCUUCCAUCUUGUUAGUGAGUAACCUGACUGCAGCUUUGUACACCGGGCUGAUCCACCAGCGCGGCGCUCUGGAUGUCAUGACUCAUCUGCAGACACUCUGUGACGUCAGCCGCGUCUCCAGCCCCCUGCAGCCAGACGUCCUCUUCCUCAUGCCCUGCCACUCGACGCCUUUUUACAGCCACGUCCACUGUCCGAUGAAGAUGAGGUUUCUCGAGUGUCCUCCGGACCUCGGCGAGGAGGGUUACGUUGACGAAGCCGACAGAUUCUAUGAUGACCCUCUUCACUGGCUCAGGACGUCUUUUCCAUACAAAUCUUCUCUACCAACCCAUGUGGUUUUGUUUGACGUUUUGGAGAAGGAAAUCUCCGUAUUUCUGCAAGCGAAUAACUUUGUGAGGACAGAAGAGAUGUUUCACACUCAUUUUCCUGAGGGAAAAGUUGGCGGAAGCAUCUUUAUUUAUGAAAGGCACUGACAAACACUGGAACAUGGGCAAUUUUUCUUUCUGUAAUGACAAUGAGUCACAUGAGUUAGAUUUGCUACUGAAAUAAACAUUUUACACUAA